UCUAUCUCCCUUCUCUGUAUGAAUCUAUCGCCGUCGUGGGUGCACGCACUGCACAUUUAUCUAGCCCCUGAAUUCCGCCGCUGCACUUAACAUUGCAAGCUCUGGUCAGGUUAUUGCUACAGUUGGUUGCUGGCCUAGGCCUAGUGCAGUUCAGAAAUGGAGCAUCGAUCUGUGUCAGAUCUGAUAAGCCAGUUUGAGCCUUUAUUGAGAAGAUUCGAGGACGACGAUGGCCUGCUAAUUACGGAAGCGAUAGAGGAAGCUGGGUGCAAGGUGGGCGACAACUACAUGUCCGUCGUUAUGCGAGCGACCGUGAAGGGGUCGCGUGGAAAUGGAACAAGCUACGCCAAGUCGAUAGUGACCAAGUACCUUCCCCAUCAUCGGGAAAUUACACCGAUAUUUAGGACAGCCGAAUUGUUCAAGAACGAGAGUUACUUCUACGAGCGACUUCUACCUCUCCUUGGUGACUUUGGACCUAUUUUCAUCCACGCCGACGGAGACAAAAUCGUAAUGGAGGAUCUGAAAAAUCUCGGAUACUCGGUCCUGGAGCGGCGAGAACUUCUCGAUCUCGAUCACAGCUUGGCCACUGUCAGAAUCCUGGGUAAGCUGCACGCUUCGAGCCUGGCGCUGAAGCUGCGAAAUCCUGGGGGGUUCGAGGAGCUGGUGAGACCGCUUACGGAGGCGGUUUUCCCUCAGGACAAGAUGCCCAGUCUGGGAGUGUCGAUAAACGAUUGCACGAAGAUAGCGGUGACUCAGCUGGAUUCGAUCGAGCCGAAGAGCGAGGAGCUUGAGGUCGGCAUCCGGUUCCUGAAGAGCUUCGGCGAGAACGUCUACUCGCAGAUGCAGGAGCUGGUGGUCCCUGGUCGGGGCGAGUUCGACGUGUUGACUCACGGCGACUGCUGGAACAACAACAUCAUGUUCAAGCAUGACAAUGCCGGUAGAGUGGUGGACGUGAAGCUCAUCGACUUUCAAAUAACUCGGCAUGUUUCACCGGCCGUUGAUUUUCACUACUUCGUUUACUCCAGUCCGAAGUCAUCCGUUAUCGAGGAAAACUACGACGACCUUGUCCGCGCCUACCAUUCCGCCUUCGCCGAGGCCCUCGAAAGAAACUCCGCGCCACUCGAAGCCCGCCGACGACUCAGUAUCGAUUGGUUCAACGGUGAGCUCAGGAAAUGUGCCAAGUACGGAAUAUUCACCGCAUGCUGGAUCAUCCAAGCGAUUCUUGCCGAGGAACAGGACACCGUUGAUAUGGAUCAGGUCACCAUGGAUUUCAUGAAGGAGUUCAUGAGCAGGAAGGUUCAGGUCAAGCCCAAAGUCGCCGAGAGGCUCAACUGCAUACUUGUUCAUUAUGUACGUAGGUACAUUUUAUUCAGCUAUUCGAUCGCUCUAAAUCAAGUCAGUCAAAGCAACGAAAUUGAGGAAAAAAUGAAUUCGCUGGAGCAGAAUGUCGAAAAGAUGCGAAACGGGAUUGUGGAACAGCCGGAGAAAUCAGCCAAAACUGUGGAACUUGAGAUUUUGCAACAAGUACUGCGAAGAUGGGAAAAGGAUUCACGCCUCGAACUGACCUCGGUCAAUGAGACUCCGGCUUGUGGGUUUGGUAUCAAUUUCAUGUCGAUGGUAAAGAGAAUUUCCGCGAAAGGAAAACGCGGCGAUGGUUCACCCUACGAAAUAAGCCUGGUCACGAAGAAAAUCCUGGACAACAAGUGUCAUCAGAUGGUAUUCAAGAGUUUCGAGAUAUUUUCGAACGAGGCGAGAGCUUACAAGGCGUUAUCUCAACUACUUGGCAAGGAUCAGAAGCUGAUACCACAUUGUCUUCACGCUGACGAUGAACUGAUAAUACUGGAGGACUUGAAGCACCAGGGCUUCAAGAUGCUCGACAAGAAACAGGGUCUCGAUAUCGAGCACGCGAAGCUCGUGAUGAAGGCCCUAGCUCAAUUCCACGCCGCCUCUCUCAACUUGGAGUACAACGAGCCGGAAAAAUACGCUAAAAUACGGAGCGAGAUCAAAGAGGUGCUAUUCCCGGCGGACAAGGAUCACGAGGGUAUAAAAUCCAUGAUAACCGCUCUUCCAAAUCUCAUGAUAUUCUACCUGAAGGUCAGCGCCACACCCGAAGACGAUCACGCCAAGGAAAUGGCCUACUUCGAGGACAAGUCCGAGAAGAUGUACAACAUACUGAAGGAGGUGAUAAAGCCGAAGAAGUUUGCCGUGAUGUGUGCAGGCGAUUGCUGGAUAACUAAUCUGCUCUUCAAGUACAAGAAGAAUAAUGACGACGGUGACGAUGAAGAUCAAUCGGUGUCCGAGGUUCGACUUUUGGACUUUCAGGGGGCGAGAUUCGCCUCGGUGGCUAUCGACGUCCUCUACUUUCUCCACACAAGCGUAAAGCACAUGGUGAUAGAAGAAAGUCUCGAAGAUCUACUCGAGUCCUACCACACGGAGUUCAUUUUCAGACUGUCUUCGAUCCCCGAAAAAAUUCGUGACGAACUUUCGAUCGAAUGGCUUCGAAACGAGCUCAAGACUCACGAGCUCUACGGUUUCUUCAUGGCUCUCUGGAUCGCCCCGGCAACAACCAUGGACGAUAAACACAUCUCGGAUGGCGUCACAGUCGCAACGAUGUCCGUGGAAAAUAACCACACUCCGGAAUACAUGCGUGACAAAUUGUCCACCGCUCUUUUAGAAAAGGUUCACGAGAAGUGCAAGUACUUCCUCAAAUAGAAAACACCGAUUGGCCUGUUCAUACGUACCCCGCGUUUUUCAAAGUUUUGACAAAAUCACGCUUUGACCAUAUCGAAGAAUAGACGUUUCUUGUGGGAUUUCUUAUUAUUUUCAUCCGAGCAGCUGUAUCGGGUUUUAGUUACGUGUUUCUCUUAUAUAUACAUUAUUCGUGUUGUGUUAAUCUUUACCGUUGUACAUUUAACUGUUGCGUUUGAAAUAUUUUUUAUCGAUAUAAAAUGAAAUUUGAAAAUAACGGAAAAAAAAAAGAAAAAAAAAGAGAUGUACGUAUAUAUAUAUAUACAAGAAAAUUCAAGAUAUUUGUGUGUUCAACGAUAAGUUUCAGAGUCGAAUUCGCAUUCUGGUAAUUUUUCGUCGAAUAAUAACAAACGAUUCUUCUUCAAUGCAAAAUUAUUUCAUUCCAAUAUUCGUUGUUAUUUGUUAUAUGAUAGUCUUGUGUUUUAUGAUAUUUAUUCAAGAAGUUUAUUCAUAUCUGAUAAAUUAUUCCGUAAUCUGUUAUUAUUACUGUAUACAUGCUUUCAUCGUAUAUAAUAUAUUUUAUUUCACCU